UGUUGUGCUGCUCUGUGACACUUGUGGUCAGUAUUGGGUCCCUUGUUGCGAUUGUGAUGGUGGGAAGCAGCUUUUUCCAGGACUGUGCAACGCUGUCAAGUGUGGGAGGCAUCAUUGCAUAUCUGGCAGGCUCAGGCUUAUGGUUUUUUCAAGUGGACAAUUCAGUGAGUGGCUUAUGAGAAGCAUUUGCCAGUAAAAGAGGAGCAUUUGAAAAAAAACUUUGUCAAGAGUGGCAACAUUAAAGGAAUUGUUUGAAAAAGUUGUUGAAAGAUCCCCAGAGUGCAGAUAUGUAAAUGUUUUUACGUGUUCGGCAUACAGGAUGUUAUAUUGUACAAGGUGGCGUCAAAUUUUUUAAAUUGUGGACAACACAUGCAGCAGCAGCAGUUUUGCCACUGUUAUGAGACAGAACAAAAUCUGUGAUGCCUUCUUGCGCAUUUUUGAUUGGAGACCAAGGAAGCUUUACUGUGGCAUACUCAAGUGAGCAGAUUUAGGCUAUUCUUGCAAAAUUCGCUGGAAUUUAAAGAAAGCAUCAAAUGUAUGGCUUUAUAACUCAGCAAUAAAAAAACAAUAUCACAAUUCUGUAGACUGCAUCUAUUGUAAUAAAAUUGAUGCAUUGCACACCGCUAAUUUAUGAGCAAGACUUUUGCAGAGUUAAUCUGUAAAGCAACACAGAAUUUGGAUGAUGUAACAAACAGUUCACAUGUGAUGUCUUUAAUGCAGAGUUAUGCAGUUGUAAACCUCCAAUGUUUUUAUUUAAUUUGCUAAUUUUCGCUUCUUUCUAAAGGCCCUGAAAAAUUCUGCAUCCAAACGGCUGGUAGAAUUGAGCAUUCAUGGUCCCAAGCUUCGUAGUAAAGCUCGUGGUUGCAAAGACGGGAUGGGCAAUUCGGAUCUUAAGCGCAGUCCUGUCAUUAGUCCAGGGUGGGGGGGGGGGCAUGUGUUGCAUGUGCAGCAGCAGCAGCAGCAACAGCAGCAGCAGCAGGUGUCCUCCAAGCGCCAGCAGCAGGCCCCGCCGUGCGGUGCCUCGCCCAUUGCCCAGGUGCAACAGAACCAGGCGGCGGCCCCCGUGUUGGCACGCGAGUAUGCCGCCCAGGAGUACACCAAGAUCAGUAACACCAACCUGCUGCAGGGCAAGUUCCUGCUGCCACCUGUGCGGCAUCAGGACAUGCACAAGAUCUGCCUCAUCAUUGACCUAGACGAGACAUUGGUCCAUAGCUCAUUCAAGCCCAUCAGCAAUGCUGACUUCGUGGUGCCUGUGGAAAUUGACGGCACAGUGCACCAGGUUUAUGUCCUCAAGAGGCCUUACGUGGACGAGUUUUUGCAGCGAGUCGGCGAUGCCUACGAAUGUGUCUUAUUCACAGCCAGCCUUGCAAAGGUACGCUUCGACUUGCUACAUUCUUGAAUGGUCACAGCUGGGCAUGAUGCUCAAUUCAGGUGCGACAAGGCACUGUGAUGUGUUCGGCCACACUGUUGGAGGAGCACCACUCAUGUUGCUCUUCUUUGGGCCCUGUUGAUAUGUUCCUUGCUCUUGCGUUUUUCCGGCUACUAUGUUGAGUUUCCGUUGUCCUGAUUUGAAUCCCAUUGACUCCCAUGUAUAUGUUCCCAUUUCAUCCGUCGCUAUUCUGCAAUGUUCUCGCAGCUUCGGUUGCAUUUGAACGCUGCGGUCAUGUAAACUUUGGCGGUGCAGAAGGAAGUUUGCUCUUGCACGUUGCUGCGAGGACAGUAAAUGUAAAUGUUGCAAAAAGCGUCUGGUAAGUUGCAACAACCAUGCGUUAAGUUGUAACAAGGGACCAAUGCAUUGCAACAAGCGACCGAUAAAUUGCAACAAGCAGCUGAUGUUUCACGAGGCAGACAACAUGCCAGACAACGAUAUCGGGAAACGUGUGCAGAGCAGUUGGUGAAGCACCCGAAGAAGUGUGCAUCAGUUAAAAUCUAUUGGGAACCACGCACAUUGGGCCAAAUCUUCUGAGCAUAUGGCUACAUUUAUUUUGUCAUCGGAAAGAGUAUUAUAUGCAUUGCAUAAUAGCCGGUUUUCUUUAGUUUUGCUGCAAUAAAGCUGUGCUAUGUGGUGAAGCAUAUCAAAAGUGGAAAGGGGCCACUGUCACGAACAUCGUACGUGUCCAUUAUGCAUGUGCGGGCACGCCGUCCCUGCUCAUAGUACGAAUUCCAAGGCAUCUAAUAACUCGGCUGGCAGCCAUUCAGAUCCUUUACUGACGUUGCUGUGGUGAUCUGUGGCCUUCCUCACUGUUUUCCCAGCUGUAAUGUUUCUUUCCCGUAGUCCCUUGAAAAAUGUAUCAAUGGGUUUCUACUGUAUUACUAAAAAGCCCCUCACCAGACAAGCCCGGGUCAUGAUUGGGUCUGCAAUGUAUGAAACCGUUGCAUGAAUUUAAACGAAAGCCCUUCCUCUUGUUGAAACCCUGCUUCCUGCCAGAGAAUCAAGGUCACACGCAUGCCAGACGUACUUUGUACAGUUAUGGCACUUUGGUGUAUCAUGAAAACUAUAUGGCAUAGGUAGGGGCCCGCGAACAUUGAGCACUAAGCUGCAUGGGCUGGUCUCAAAGAGGGUUAUCAUAUAGGAUUGCCUUGAUCAUGAAAGCAUUAGGAUAAAAAUUUAGAGACUGUUUGCUUUAAAUACUCUGAGCAUAACAUUUUGAAAGGAACUCUGUGCCAGUCUUGAGAAAUAAGUUGUCAUCUGCAGCGGAAUGCUUUGGUGUCCUGGUUGCUAUGUUUCCAUGUUAUGGAAAAAUGGAGCACUAAAAACAGCAAUGCCUUUCAUGGAAAGUAAGUAUUUUGGCAAACUGGUGCUCAGUACAAAGGUUAUACUUUCCGUAUUUACUCGAACGUAACGCGACGGGUGACAUUGCAGUCAAGCUACAUUAAAAAAAACUGAAAUACAAAAAAAAAUAACAGUGUAACGUGAGAUGAAUGGGAAAAAAAGCAAUCUUUCAAGCAAUCACAGUUCAGAAACAAGUUCUCUUCACUCAUCAUUGUCUCAGGAGAAGGCAGAGCUUUGUUUAAGUGGUAUUCUUGAGCGAUGACUUUGCAGAUAGUGUCACUUUUGUGAAAUUUUGUGUGGUUCGGCACUGAACAUGUCUACGACAGUGUUCCUGCCGCUGUGCCAAGCUCGAAUAUCUUCGGCACCGAACGCGUGCGAGACUGUUUCUGGCGCUGUGCGAAGCUCGAAUAUCUUCGGCACCGAACGCGUGCGAGACUGUUUCUGGCGCUGUGCGAAGCUCGCUAUCUUCGGCACUGAACGUGUCCGCGAUAGUGUUUUUGGCACUGUGCCGAGCUCGCUGCCUUCGCCACUGAACGUUUCCGUGACAGUGUUUCUGGUGCUGUGCCAAGCUCAAUAAC